CUUCGUCAAGGUGCGUUAUGCCAGCCUUAGCCCUCUGUGCUUGACUUACAAAUCUGGCAAUGCACCGGCUACCCAACUCGCGACCUUUACGCCGUUCUGGCGUCUGGUUUUCGCUUUCAGAUAAGACACCUAUCGUGCCCAGCUUCCCAGCCUGCCAUGGGCUCCCCCCGACCUGCUCUGAAUGUUUGUGCAACUGGCAUAUCCAGCGACGGCUGAUUCAAGGCUAGUUCCACUCCAUUUACAUCCAAGCCCAACUCAUCGACAUCGCUAUCGGCAUCGAAGAAGUGAGUACAUCUCUGAGCUUCCUGGCUUGCUCUUGAUUCUCCGGAGGGGCUCGUGUACAUACUGCCGCGAUGCAUUACCGCCUCGGCACUCUCCGCAGCCUUUAACUCUCACCUGGGUAACGGACUUAGGAUGUAUGCGAUAUUGCACAUGCUUCCCGAAGCAUUGUCAUCAGCUAGGGCUUCUUCGGUUGCUACCACGUCGAAAAAGACUUCAUUAACUUCCGCCUCCACGGCGAGCAUUACGCCGUACAAGCCAUCCACGAGCGGCACGAGCAUUGCAAAGAGCUCAGGUACAACAAGUAGUAGCACGAGAAGUUCGAGUUCGACGAGCGAUACGGCGAAGAGCUUCAGCUCGAGCAGCAGCCUCCAGGGCUCUAGUACGACGUCCCCCAGCGUCAAGACUUCCAGCACAACAGGCAGCAGCCUCAAGUCCUCCAGUACCACGUCCAUCGCCAGAAGUUCAUCUUCAAGCACAAGUACCAGCGCCGUAAAGGGCUCCGCAACGUCAAGUACCGCCAAGACCACAAGCGCCGUCAAGACCUCAAGCACCGUCAAGACCUCAAGUACCGUCAAGACCUCAAGUACAACGAGCAGCAAGCCGUCAAGUAUGUCGUCAACCUCGAGCAUGACGAGCAGCCACUCCUCGGCAUCAACCACUCAUAGCACAUCGACCACAACCAAGUCCAGCUCGUCCCUGUCCAGCCAACACAGCUCAACGAUGUCAAGCACACCUAGCUCAACGAAACUGGCCAAAUCUAGCUCGUCGACGUUCAGCAUCCACUCUUCCGUGUCAAGCACAUCGAGCUCAACGGAAAUAGCCCAAUCUAGCUCGUUGACCGCCAGCACUCACUCCUCGACGUCAAGCAUAUCGAGCUUGACGCAAUCAGCCAAAUCUAUCUUAUCGACGUUCACCACCCACUUCUCUGCGUCAAGUACGAAUAGCCUGUCGAAACCAGCCAAAUCAAGCUCGUCGGCCUCUAGCACUCACUCCACGGCGUCAAGCAUAUCGAGCUUGACGUUGUCGGCCAGGUCUACGUCGUCACUGUCGGCCACACGAGGCUCGACGGUCUCAAGCUCAUCGAGUUCAACGCAAUCGGCCAAGUCUAGCUCUUUAUCAUCUAGUACAGGCAGCUCGACGGUCUCAAGUACAUCUAGUUCAACGAAAUCAGCCAAGUCUAGCUCGUCAUCGUCAAGCACACACAGUUCGCUGACGACAAGCAAAUCAACUUCCUCGCAUACCAGCACACAGUCCACAAAGAACACACCGUCAUCUUCUAGCACCCACUCAACCCUGAGCACCUACAUAUCGUCAUCCGCGCAACCGACAACAAGCAAGGAGAAGAAGACAUCGUCCUCAACUACCAGAUCGACAACAAGCACUACCUCUCCCCAGCGCUCAAGCUCUUCUUUGUCAUCAACUCCAACCGCGUCGUCCACCAGCAAGGAGAAGAAAUCUUCAUCGACAAGCACGAGCACGGCAUCGCAGAAAUCAUCGACGUUAAGUAGCUCAAGCAAGACUUCGUACACUACCACGCCUAGCACCUCGGAGAAGACGAAAAUCUCUAGCACAUCGCAAGCUUCCACGACGCCUUCAUUGACCAGCCAAAAGACGAGACCAACCAGCCUGACCACAAUGACUCCAUCUACCUCCACAAGCAGUAGCUGCAAGUGCACCAAAACGGUUACGGUGACCAUGGCAGCGUACAGGUUCUAGGCUAUGACGACUUAGCACCAGAAUACAUGUUGCAGCACACUCCGCUGUCGGUAUGAUUGUAGUCAGCGGUCAUACUCCAAGUAUUUUCUUUGUCAAUCAGACUGGCUGUGCGGUAAGGUCGCACUAGAAUGGCCUCUUCGGAAGGCGCGUACAUUUGCGAUUCGCGGCAAUAGUGUAAUGAACGUGGCGGGGCUAUUGGAAGUACAUGCUAUGAGAUUGGAGAUUUCCGAUGUUGUUGGUUUCGAGUCACGACUCGAGGUGUAUUUUACAUAGCUUGUGACGCCAUGUUCAUUGAGCGCAACGCACCAAAUUAAAAGUGUAUCAUAACAGACCAUCCCAACAGACGCCGG